UGAUCGGAGCAUUCGGAGUUCGGAGUUUCGGAGCAAGGGACGAGGAGGAGAGGAGAGAUCGACGAGCGAGCGGAUCACGUCCGCACUCUCCGCACUUUCCGCAGUGCGCGUCGUGCUGCAUCGGUGAUCGGCUGCGGGUUGGAGUAGCGAGUAGCGGAGUGACGUUACACGCACACAUAGACACACAAAAUAGGCGAAUGCUGGCGGCGGACCGGUAGUGGACGAUAUCGUGACUGUCGUUGUCAUCGUUGAGAGUGCGCCCCAGCAGCCUGGCCUAGCUCGCUCCCGACGGAGAUGAUCGUCGCCCACGUUAAUCGCGACGGAGCGUGCGUGACGACGUGCCGGACGCCCGACGUCGUCGCGACGGGGAUGUGAAGCGAGAGGGUCGCGCUCGCGAGAGCGCCGCGCGGCAUCGUCGCCGUCGUCGCCGCCGUCGUCGUCGUCGUCGUCGUCGUCGACGACCAGCCGUCCGCGACGACCUGGCCGACCACUUCGCAGGGGGGGCAGACAAAAAGCGCGCGCGCGUGUUGUUGGUCGAACGCGGUUUAUACGCGCAACUCACAUCCGCGGGAGGCGGCGCGAGUCCGUGGGGGAGCGCGAUGGCGGACUUCGACGCGAUCUACGAGGAGGAGGAGGAGCACGAGCAGCACCUGGAGGAGCGCUACGUCGCGAUGGUGCCGGACCCGAUCGUGAUCCGCGGGGCUGGCAACAUGACGGUAUUCGGUCUGAGUAACCGUUUUGAGUCAGAGUUUCCCAACGGCCUCAUGUCCCGCGUGGCUCCAGAAGAAUUCAAGGCAACUGUAAUGAGAGUGAACAGUGUAUUGAAAAAGACUUUGCCCGUUAACGUUAAAUGGUUAUUCUGCGGUUGUGUAUGCUGUUGCUGUACCCUAGGAUGCUCUCUGUGGCCUGUCAUUUGCCUGAGCAAGAGGACUCAGCAUUCGUUAAACAAAUUGUUAGAAUGGGAGAAUAGUAGGCUCUACCACAAACUUGGUUUACACUGGAGAUUGGCGAAGCAGAGAUGCGACAGCUCCUCCAUGAUGGAAUACGUUCUCUUGAUUGAAUUUAUUCCAAAGAUUCCAAUCUAUAGGCCCGACUAAAGCAAUGCGGAGUUGUGCAAUUAGUAUAAAUCUUGUGCAAAUAAUCAGUGCAACGUGCAAGAAAUACAGAGAAGAUAAAAGUGCCGCUACGGUGAUAUAGGUACUUUCUGGUACUUAUGUAAUACAUAUUUUUUUUUUAAAUAUCGCGGGUAGGAAUGCACAGUACAAUAAUUCAACGUGUAACGGAGUAUACAUCACGUCUUCAGAUUAAUUUAAACGGAAGAAACUAUUACAUAUAUAAAAAAUCAGAUUGUUCCAUCGAAGAUAUUUAUAUCCGUUUGGACUAAAUGCAAUUAUAGGCGUCAUUUUGUAUAUAUUUUUAAAUGUUUUGCGCUGGAAACUACUCGACAGCUUUAUUUAUCGGUUUAUUCAGUCGUUGCAAAAAAUAAUCUCAUCUAUUUUUUUUUUUACCGAGUUCCUCGUAACGUUUUGGUAAUACUUUACUCGUCAACUAGAAUUUAAGCUUUCAGGUAAGAAAUUAAUCUGAUUCAGUACAACGAACGUAUUAAAGUACGGAUGAUGACGUCAAAAUGAGUCGCGCUAAUCAAUCUGUCUAAUCGUUGCAUAACGCAACACACGCGCGUUGCUCAUGUUGUGUACAUACGUACGUGUACAUACAUAGAAACUUAUUUUAACUGUAGGUUAAUUUCUUACCACGGUGAUAUUAGAAAGUAUGAUAUGUAAAGCGCAGCUUUACCGUCUACAAAUUUGACAAGAUAUUUUACCACGAAUGAAUCAUCCGAGAUGAAGAAGCGCGCGCUGUCACGCGCGAUUAAGGUAUCAACAUAGAUUUUAGAAGAGAUGUAGAUAGCAAUCGCUGAUAAAUACUAAAUAUACCGACGAGACGAAAAUUUGAUUUGCGAAACGCACCCGCGGUCUGUAAUAGGGCAAACAGUACACAGCUGUAGAAUAGCAUCAGCGCGCAAUUAUCGGGCACAGAAGGACCAUAGGAAAUAUUGUAGAAGACUGAACGAGCUCGUUGAUUCUUGUUUCUUGAUGAAAAGGUCAGCGUUAUCAGUUUUUUUACGCAUACACCGCAUAAUCUUGUGUUCGCCUGACCUUAGAAGAAUGAUUAAAGCGCAUGAACACAUUUCUGUCACAUAUCCGUUUUCUCUUUUAAGCUAAUGUUUAAACUAGUCUUAAGAAGAAUGGUGAAAUUGUUCAUUAAUAAAUUAUAAUUUUGUGGAUAAUAAUACAUUUUAAUUUACUUAAGUGGCACUGCUAUCAUAGUACUGUUUACUCUAUUCUUGUUAAUAAUAUACUGUUUCUCAUAUAACUCAUAUAUACAGGGAUAGAAUAUCGAAAUAUCAGAACGUCUCCCAUGUAAAGGAAUUUUGUUGCGUAGGCACUAUUUUGCAUUACAGUUUAACGUUCCGCACAGAUAUUUCUCUACUAACAACUCGUCCAACGUGUGAUAAUGCGGCUGUUAUCAGCCCCGCAUUGCUUUCGCACUAAUGGACACCAAAUCGAACAAAUUCACUCAUCACCAGGCGCCCGCAAAAAAAAAACCCAAAAUGGUUAUAGGAAAGUACGCAAAAGCAUGUGAAAAUACUGUAAGUGUUUCUGUUGCUGUUCAGUGGCUGUGAUCGAGAACAAAAGACUAGCUUUGAAUUUGAAUGUGUAUCGCAAGCAGCUACACAUAACGCCCGUGCUUUAUCUUAUGCGGUUCUACACGUUAAAGCCUUUUAUAUAGAAUACCAGAUUUACUCUGUUUUCUCUAAUAUUUGUACUUAUUCCAUAGAGUAAUUAAGUCAAAGUAACAAGCGUUGCAUUAGAGGCGUCUGUGUCACAUAGAUUAAUACGAAUGCUGUAUUGCCAUAUCUGAUUUUUCAAUCAUAAAUACUAUAGGUAUAAUCCAUUUUAUCACUAAUAUCUUGAAAAAUGAAGCAAACAGAGCUAUUUAUAUAGAUUCUCAUUUCACUUGAUGGGAUAUAUAGUGGAACGAUUAUACUCUCGAUGAUCUGUUGAAUAGUUGAUAAUAUGUCGAAUAAUAAGAGAGCGUCAUAAGCGAUCAU